AUGACCACCUCCAAAGCUAUCACUAAACUCAGAAUUCAUUACCGAUCUCUCUACAGCAAUCCAAAUAACCGAAAUCAAGAGCCACAAGAAGUAACUUCUCUCCGUUUCAAUUACAUCAAUGUUGCCAAGUCUCCUGCUGAAUUAACCUUUGGUGAAUUGAAGCAAGAAUUGAAAAAGGAAUUGGCCACUAGAUUGGGAAGACCAAAUGCUGAUUUCGUUUCCUAUUUGACUGGACAGGAUGAAGUUGAAAUUGAUGCAGAAUGUGAUCAAUUGGUAUUGAAUCAAGUUUUACAAUCAAACACUUUGAACGAACGAUUGGAUGACAUCAUUAUGGUCUACGAACCCAAGUUAUUGUCACGCAAGUUACUACCAACACUGGACAUCAAUGAACCAUUGGCAUUGUUCGAGAAGGCAGAUACAGGAGACAACACUAAGAGAUCGAUUCAAGUUGGUUUGCAACAAUAUGGAAAGCUCUUCUUGAGAGUGUUGAAUGGUGGUACUGUUUCAAGACUGGUCUUGUACUCUCCUUCACAAUUGAGUUCUAUUUUCACUCAAUUGAAGAAACAAUUAAGCAGUGAGGUUGAACAUGCUUCUCUUCCAAUCCUUACUCACACCUCUCUCGAUGAAUAUCAUGCUAACUUUGAUUGCAAAGUUGCCUCAUCAAAGACAUUCUCUGGUCUGGAUUGGUAUGCUGAUGCUAAAUUUGUAUUGACCAAAAAGAACGAAGCCAAUACCAUGAACAUCUUGUUAAGUAUUAAGGUUUCCAAUGAAGAAACUCCUGCUCUUCUCCUUGUUCCAUUGAAAUGGACCGAGUUUAGAGUGUUGAGAAAGGGUGCAGCUGUUGAAAUUGCCAAUGUUGAUGCCAUUUCUACUGCCUUUGUAGAAGUUGAACCUCCAAAGGAUGCAGUUGCCCUCCCAUACAAGCUUCGUCAAUCCUCCAAAUAUUCCUCAGAUUCAAUUGCUCACACCUAUGAAGCAUUGCAAGAUGAAAAGGGAGAGAAUGGAGCUGCUACUAAUAACGACAACAAACCAUACUUCCAAGCAACGUUUGAUCAUCCACAUACUGUUUGUGCUUGUGUUGUGAAACCAUUGCUUCAAAGUGGAUGGGGAGCUGAAUAUUUGACUGGUGCUUAUUUAUUAUAUUCGCACGAUGAAAUUGAAUGGAAGAAAGUUUUGCAAUUGAAUGGAAUUACAGAUAAUUCAACUACGUUUGUUGUUCCAAACAUUGCUGCUCCUUACUGGAGAAUUAGAAAAGAAGGACAAGGAUAUUUGAGUAUUGGUCAUUUGAAAUUCUUGGGUGUUCCAAGUGAAGAUCCAAUUCCACAAGUUCCUGCAGGAAAACCAUUGGACUAUUACAAGACCUUGUUGAGCAAUACUGUUACAAACUCAAAAGAAGGAGGAGAAUUGAACACUGGAGCUCCAAGACUUAACUGUCAAAAGUAUCAAGAUUGUGGAGAGUCUAGUUUCAAUUUGUUAGUUGCUGAAGAUGAUCAAAACACUUUGAACAAUCUUGUUGAAGCCACCCAAGAUUCAUGGGAACGUGAUGGAAAGUUCAACAAUUAUUUCAAAUUCCCGUUGACUGUUUUGAAUAAGGGAAGUGACAUGUUGUCAUUUGUUAAAAUUGAAAUGGCAUACAAGAACGCAAGUGGUGAAUGGGUCCCAAUGCAAAAUGUCAAGUUGGGCGCAAGAUAUCCAAGAUGGUCUGGUGGUUUUGAUUAUUCCUUCUUUGAUAGCCCAGUGAUGAACUUUAAGGCAGGAGCUGCUGAUAACCUUGUCUUUUGUGGUUCCAUUGAAGUUGUAGGAAAGCCAGGAAUUGAUUUCAAUGCUAGAAAUAGAGCUCACCAUUCUCUUCCUCAACCAUUGGUUAUUAGAACCACUGUUCAUGAUUCUGAUAACAAGACAAGAGAAAUCUUUGUUGAACAAACGAACAAACCACUCUAUUUGACCGAUGUCAAAGAAUUUGCUUCCAACAACUCUGUAGAUGUUAGCAAGGUGAGAUUUGUCACCUGUGACGAUGUUGACACAUUGGAUAGAACCUAUGUUGCUGUUUACUUGCAUGAGAAGGACCGUGUGUUGUAUGUGAAAUCAUCCGGAACCAGUUAUGCUUACACCUUUGACGAUUUGCAAUCGUUUGUAAGCGAUGCCAAGAAGAAUGCCAAGGAAGAAGUUGAAUUGACUGAUAUUGGUAGCGAUAAUCGUCAUGUUUAUUUCAGAUUUGAUCCUGCUUCUGAAUACAAGCUGUAUGCUGCAAGAGUGGUGAUGAAAUCGGCAACCACAAAAGUUGAAGAAGGAUUGUUGAUCAAGGACUUGGUUGAUGAAUUGGCCAAGUUGUAA